AUGGCCCGCAUCCAUGCCGAUCCAUUCCUCUUCCCCGAUCAGUUCGACAGAAUCCCCGAUUCCAUCGUCCUUAUCGUCCUCAACAAGGUCUCCGACGUCCGCUCCCUCGGCCAGUGCAGGGCUGUGUGCAGGCGCUUCAACGCCCUCGUCCCCCUCGUCCAGGACCUCUACGUCAAGAUCGACCGGGUGGUCGCCGUCGACGGCGACGGCGACGAUGCCCUCAACUCCUCUUCCUCCUCCUCCUCCUCCUUUUCCUCCUCUCUGAAACCCUGCAACUUCCUCUCCCACAUCCUGAAGCUCGUCAUCCUCUCCAUCCUCAAGCCCUUCCACAGCCUCAGGACCUCCAACCUCGGCCUCAAGCCCCUCCUCCCUCAGCUGGCUCACCAUUCCCCGGCCCAGGUCCUCCGCAGCUUCUCCGACGUCAGGAACCUCCUCAUCGAGCUCCCCGCCGGCGACGUCGCCACCGACGACGGCGUUCUCCUCCGGUGGCGCGCCGAGUUCGGCAGCUCCCUCCACAGCUGCGUCAUCCUCGGCGGCACCCGCCUCCGCCACGCCGCCGCUACCUCUGGCGACGAGGAAGGAGAAGAAGAUGAAGAAGACGACGGCAGCAUCCCCGAUUCCUUCUACACGAACGGCGGGCUGAAGCUGCGGGUAGUGUGGACGAUAAGCUCCCUCAUCGCCGCCUCCACGAGGCACUAUCUUCUCCGGCAGAUCAUCAAGGAGCACCCGAAUCUGAGGAGCCUGGUUGUGAUCGAUGCAGAAGGUCAGGGAACGCUGACCAUGGAGGAGGAGCAACUGAGGGAGUUCAGAGAGCGGCCAUUGGAAGCCUCUGCUUCUGCUAACAGGACUCAGGUGCCCGCUUCUCUCCUCAAGCUCAGGUACGCCUCCUACUUGGAGCUCCCCGGCGGCAUGGCCAUGCAGGGAGCCACCCUGGUGGCGAUCAGGCCCUCGCCGGACGGCGGCGGCGGCGGCGCCGCCGCCAGGAGAGGGGGCGAGUCCUUCAUCUCUCGGGCCUUCGACGGCCCCCUCGCAGCCGCUGUCAGGGCUCUCAUCAGGAGGCGUAUUUAUCUGCUGGAGAUGAACAGCUUCUGA